UUCAGGCAAAAACAUUUUAGGCAGUUUAAAUUAUAAUUAUACAUUGCUUCAGUGCUAAUUUAGAUCCACAAAAAAAAAAUAUGUUGCCUUUACGUUUAGGUUGAUUGUGUGUGGCACUGUGUGCGAAAAUGGACGUGUGGCGCGAAAACAGUGUCAAGUGCGUCAGUCUCGCGCUGAAUGCGAGAGAGUUGGCAGCCAUAAUUGUUUUAGACACGAGGCUCCGAACCAAGUGGAGUUUAUUUUAUAUAAAUAAAGCACAUUUUAGAACAGCAUUUAGAUACCUUAUAUGGUUGUCAGACGUUAGUGGGUUUUACAGUUAAUGUGGAAACUAGACACGUGGUUAUUCGACUACUAGCCAUAACACCUGUGGGCUCUUGAGGGAAAACACCGACCUUCACUAUGAUCUUUGGACCACUUGGUUAAUAAGGAGGCCGUGUAUACAAUAUUAAGCCUGAUGGAUAGAAACAGACAGUCCCGCAGCUGCUGGCAGUGUCCUGACGAGAUGGAGCAUCCCUAACAACAGGAACGGAAUAUUCAGGAGACCAAUGACGAAGAACAUCCAGCUUCCAGAGCGCGUUGCAAGACCGUUAUGCCAGAAAUUGGACUUCCUGUAUAUGAAGACUUCAAGAUCAAUCAGUUUAUGGGUCUUCCCGUGAAUAAGGUGCACUUUUGUGUUCUAUUGGUUGUCUUUAUUAAAAAUUAGAGGCACAAAUCCUUUCUUGAGGCGAGAACUAUUAGAUAUGUUAAACUCAUAUCGAAACAUAAAAUUAAUGUAGCAUAAAAAUUAGCUAGUUUUAAACCUCAAAUGCCUGAAUCCCCUUUAAAUAAUGAUUUUGUACCCUGACCCUCAUCUUGACCUUCCUGACUGUCCAACAUUAAAAAAAAUAAAAAUCACAAUGGGUGUUCACGUGACAAGAAUAGACAUAAUUUGUACCAUUUCUGAAGACAAAAAAUAUAAUAUUAAAUAAAUAAAUAUAUGUAUGUUCAGUUUAUUAAACAAAUUACUUAUUACUAGAAUUGACAUAAUUUGUGCCCUUUCUGAAGUCAAAAAAAAAAAAAAAAAAAAAAAUGAAUGAAUGAAUAACUUUGUAGUUUACGUAAAUACUUUGUCCUUCUGAGGUUGAUGAUUAAUAUUUUCUGCAGGCUAUGCACCUCCUACACUGACUUCUUCACAUUUGCUAAAAAAAAUAAAUAAACAAAAUGAGUUUCAGACCAUAUUUUGUACCCUAUCUGUGGAAAGUGCCUUCACAGCUUUAUCUAAACUCUAACAUUAUGUAGACUUAAACAUACAGACACCUUAUCUGGACUCUGUCCACUACCACAAAGGGAGCCGUCAGCUGCACUGCAAUUACUUUAUUUAUAAACCCCAUCUGGUUAGAACUGGACUAGUCAGAGACACGGACAAGACACGAUGAAGUCACACAAUUCACUAUUGUUAUUGCAACACUGAGACACAUUCUACAAAAUCCAUGCAUUGCACAGUUUAGCUGGUCACUUCCCUGUAUUGUUUUUUGUGUCAUCCAGAUUUUGUAAGUCACAGUUGUUAUCAUCUCAGAAAACAGACAGAAAGUUCCAUAUGAAAGUACCAAAACAUUUGAUAAGAUGCUAUCUUGACAGUCUUGUCAGUUUUGUAAGAAGGAGUGUGGGGAAGAGAUGGGUUUUGCUGGUUUCCUGUCCCAAAAAAACGUGUUCUCUACCAAUACUUUCUGAUUUGUUUGAGAUAAACUAAGUCAGACAGCGGCAGAGAGUGAUGACUGAAAGAAUUCACACACGUCAGACGAUGAUUUUGAAACUGCAGGAGCAAAAGCAGCUGGAGCUUAUGUAAAAGCUCUCAACUCAGGCCUCGGCGAUUCCAGACAGAUCGUCUGCUUAGAAGCUGUGAUUUAUGGGCUGCUGGUGGCCAAAUCUAAACUCAGAUCACCGUGUCUUUGAUGAUUUUUCAAGUGUCCACCUUCAUCAAUCCAGCCUGAGAAACCAGUAGCCAUGUCUGCAUUGAUCUGGAUCUGAUCUUGAAACAGACUGACCUUAAUCAGGAAAGAGCCGCAGAGGGAAAUGAUAUGCGUCAGCAGCACACCUUAUAUGGUCAACUUAUACACUGAGGCUUUACCAAUCACAUUAGUUAACAAUUUACAUAUCAGUAUUUCUAUUAAGAAACCUCUAAAACAUAAUUGUUUUCUUAUCGAGUCUAAUAAUCAGCAUUUAGGAAGCAGAAACUCUACAAUCAAGUACAGUACAUUCGUUUCUUAGGAAAUUGAUCCUUUCUAGGUUUCAGUGACUGAUGUGAUUAUAGUAAAAUAAUCAAUUUAAGCAUUCAGUGAUGGUGCACAUCAUGAGACCACCAAUGAAUUUGAUAUGCACAAGGAUCAAUAUUUAAAAUUGUGCAUGUAUGCUUUUAAAAUGUAUUGUAGAAUGUGGCAUCAAAAAUGCAUUGUCACAAUAAAAGGAAAAAAGUAACUUUUAAGAAAAACAAUAUUUAUUGGGAAAGACAAUGUAUUUUUUUUUUUUUUCUGGCAACCAAUGCUUGUUUUGAGUCUUUCAAAGCACUGCAAGAUGAACCAAGUUGUUGCAUAAAAAAAGACACAGAAAAAAUACAAUUUUAUAGCCCAUUAUAGAUCUAAUGCAUGUCUUCUCUUUUAAAAGAAACCCGUUCUUAGGUUUAAUAAACCAUUUAAACAGCAUUCAUCUUGCUUUGAGCUCAGUUUAAUAUCUACUCAUCAUCUAAAGCUUUGUUGCAUCAAACCCACCAACAAGGAGUCUUCAUCAUCGCAAAGAUUUCUCUCUCACAGUUGCAAUAAAUUGCACGUUUGAUCAAAUUUCAAGAGCAGACCCUCUUUCAGUGAAAAUAAAGAUGGAUGAUAAAAAACACUUUACAUAGGAGUUUUUAUACUACUUUCCAUACCCUCCUCAUGCCUGUCUAUAUUCAACUUUUUCAAAAUAUUGAUUUUUUUUUUUUUUUUUCAGAAGACAUUUAUCAUAACAUAAAAGGUGUGUCUUGCUUUUUAUUUUUUCCAACAAUUUUGUGUGGAAAUCUGAUGACCGGCAUACCGGACAUUUGAACAGCAUUUCACACUACUUGCCUCCAAACUGCAUUACAUAUUUAAACAAUAAUAAUAAUACUACAAUAUAAUCAUAAAUACAUUAGGAACAAUAACAGUGCAAACUGCUCUAGGAAAUAAUUCACGCUAGGCUACAUUCAGGUCUUCAGUAUGACUCCCUACUUAAUCAUACAAAGGCACUUCACUGUAACAAAUGACUAAUUAGGUGAUUAAGCCUGACUAUUAUCAGUAUUUUAUCAGAUAAGCUCAUUAGUUUAAUAUUUUGCAUGCAUCAAAAUAUAGCUAGGAAAUAUGCUGUGCUGGCUUUAAAUCGUGCUAAAAUAACUUUGCAAACAUUAGUAACCUAAUAUGCAGAAAUUAGCAUUUUAAUAACGAAUAACAUCUGAAGACGACCCCUAACAAGUAACACUGGAUAUUAAAAAUAGGAGCGUAAUGUAAAAGCAUGAAGAAACGCAUUUGGUUAGUAUGGGACUCCCCAUUAGGUGGCCUCGUUGACUUGAUUUAGGUUGUAACACCUGACAAUCCAAAUAUGCGAGUUUUACAACACAUUUCCUUAUUUCAGGUUAACAUCAACAGUAAAUCUGCAGCACUCGAGUGAAUUAAUUAAUGAAUGAACGAAUUAGCAAUUCAUUCAUGCAGUAACCUACUGAAGAGAAAAAAGUAUAGCCUAACAGCGAUAAUCAAACGCACUCAUGCAAUUCAUAGCCUGAGCAUAAAAUAAAGAUUUAAUUAAAAUCAUGGGUCAUGAAUCGUUCAAGUUCAAUCGUAAUAGAAUCGUAACAUGAGAGCGCGUCGCGCACGUGCGCUGAGCUCCACUGUGACUCAAUGUUUUUCAGCACAGACUCUAAAACCGGACCUACUGUUGGAGUAAUUUCUCAAGCCCCUCGCGCUCUGGCACGACGCAUCUCGGUGUGAAGUGUGUUUGUCAUGUCACUCGGCGUCGGGUCUCACCGAUGUGGACGCGCAUUCGUCGCGUUGAACGCAUGCCGAAGCAAUAACACCUUCAUUUCGACAGAAUAAAGGUGCGCGAGAGUCAUUCACCGAGGACGCUCACGAAACAAGUUUUCCUUCCUGUUUAUUCAAACGAAUCGCUUUUUUUACGGGUUAGAAGACGGGUCAAAUGACAAACAGUGCAACAUUAUUCGGAUAAAUGCAAAAAGAAGCACUUCGGUAUCAUCUAACAGAAAUGCAAGAACAGGUUAUUCCUCUUUGCAAUCUGAAACGUGUCUCUUAUGGCAUAAGGACUCCUACAUGAUCUCUACUAGAUAUAUAAGGGAACUCUGGAUGGGUGAGUAAAAACUGUGCAGACUUUGUUUCGAUGGAUGCAGCAUCACCGAGAUGCUACUACGAUAUUGUUAUAUUUCUCUGAAUGGCAUGCUGGUAUAACUGAACCGAACCUGAAGGACUUUAUUGGAAUGCAGGACAGUGUGCAAUGGAAUAUGAACUGGAAAUAUGAACAGCCCUUACUUGACGUUUGACACGUCUGACGGACGUGCUCAAACACUUCACGUCUAGUUCUCAUGAUGCAGUGAGAUAUUAGAUGGCAGUGAUGGAUUUGAACUUGACGACGGUCAUUGACAGCGGCUUCGUGGAAAGCGACUGCUCCACGCGGGUUCUGACCGGUUGCUUUCUGUCCGUUCUAAUCCUCUCCACUUUGCUCGGGAACACACUGGUUUGUGCAGCUGUCACAAAGUUUCGCCACCUGCGCUCUAAAGUCACCAACUUUUUUGUCAUCUCGCUGGCCGUGUCAGAUCUGCUGGUGGCCAUUCUGGUCAUGCCCUGGAAGGCUGUGACAGAGGUCGCAGGCUUCUGGCCCUUUGGUGCAUUUUGUGACAUUUGGGUGGCUUUCGAUAUCAUGUGUUCCACGGCGUCUAUCCUAAACCUGUGCGUUAUUAGUGUGGACCGAUACUGGGCCAUUUCCAGCCCGUUUCGCUACGAGAGGAAGAUGACUCCCAGAGUGGCCUUUGUGAUGAUCAGCGUGACUUGGACCCUGUCCGUUCUCAUCUCCUUCAUCCCCGUGCAGCUCAAAUGGCACAAGGCUCACCCGAUAAGCUUUCCGGAGGUCAAUGCAUCUCGCAGGGCUCUGCUUACGGACAACUGCGACUCCAGCCUCAACCGAACGUACGCCAUUUCAUCCUCACUCAUCAGCUUCUACAUUCCCGUCGCCAUCAUGAUUGUAACAUACACUCAGAUUUACCGGAUCGCCCAGAAGCAGAUCCGACGGAUCUCAGCUCUGGAAAGGGCUGCGGAAAGCGCCAAGAUCCGCCAUGACAGCAUGGGCAGCAGCUCCAACGUGGAUUCGGAGAGCUCCUUCAAACUGUCCUUCAAAAGAGAGACGAAAGUCUUAAAAACGCUGUCGGUUAUAAUGGGGGUUUUUGUGUGCUGCUGGUUGCCCUUUUUCGUCCUGAACUGCAUGGUGCCGUUUUGUAAGCAAACAUCAGCCGGUCUCCCCUGCAUCAGUCCAACAACGUUUGAUGUUUUUGUCUGGUUCGGAUGGGCUAAUUCGUCUCUCAACCCCAUCAUAUACGCCUUCAACGCCGACUUUCGCCGAGCCUUUGCCAUUCUUUUGGGAUGCCAGAGACUCUGUCCGGGAAGCAAUAGCAUGGAGACGCCUAGCCUGAAUAAGAACUGAAAAGCAAUGUGAAUUGAAAAGAAAGGAUUGGAGAUUAAGACUUUGGGAAGAGAGCCCUCCUGCUGUGCUGGAGAGCAGGGGAAGCGGCUGCGACGUCCCUUAAACGAGGCUAAUCUCUAUAAAAUAAAGCUAUACUUCCCCAAAGAAUGACACACGGGUGGUCUGCGCGUUCCCAGUGUCUUUUACAGACAACGAACAGAUCAUUGAAUCCACAAGUGACUUGCAAUCAGAGGAAAUGUAGUUUCUUCGAAUGUUUUUGUUUUUUUUGGGAGGUCUUGUUUAUUUUAAAGAAGCUGUACAGUAAUAAUGUUAAAGUGCUGGGCAAAACUGCAAUACAGUGGAACAAACGUUGUGUAUUUACUGCAAACGAGUGGAGAAUAUGUUCGUCAUUCCAAAAAUAUAGGAAACAUCACUGAAUAAACGACCAUCUCAGUCAUUUCCAAUAAAAUUCAGUGUAAUCUGAAUCUAAUACAUCGCUGCUCGAUAAAUAUCUAUCUCAUGCUCUCCACUCUCAUUACAUUUCCUUUACGUCUUGCCUUAUUCAUGAGACUUCACAUUUUUUUUUCCAAAACAAGAGGGCAGAUGGUCAAUCAUGAGAUUGCCGUCCCAUUAUUGCCAUAAUGAACAUGUAUAUUGUUCUGUGGCACUUGUUCUCUUCAAAGCCUCUGAUUCAUUAUUAAACUGUGAAAGCUAAACACCACGGCUAGCAGAACAGAUGGCCGUAAAAUAAAAAUGCAGAUGUGGCAGAGCGCUCAUUUACGGUCAUCAAGUAAUAGAUACGUUAUUGUUGAGAUUGUAAUUAUGUUCUGAAAGCGUAUGGGAUCCUCGGUCCCGGUACAAAAUAACACUGGAUGUGAUGCAAUGUGUCAUGUGAUAACGUGGAAAAUGAAACGUUGAGAACCUCUGCGAGCGAACUGAAUGUAAUUAAUUGUGAUGAGUCUAAUUAUGUGGUCAGUUUUAUGGUAUUUUUGUGCUUUCGCAACACAUCAUUUGGUGCUGUUACUUGUAUUUCAGAGUACUGCAUUUAUUGUGGUGUUUAGAGAGAGACACUGAUUCAGUGAUGUAGCAUUACAAUGUUGAAGUAGAAUUAAGUGAUGUUUAACUUAUUUGGCAACUGAUGAGAAAGUACAUAUGUAAAGCAAACAUCAUGGUGUUCAAGUUCUUAAAUUAAAAUGUGUUUGUUCU